CUAAAACGCUGUUACAAGACCACUGAAAACGCAUUAACGGGUCAUUGGAAUUUGGAUGCAAAGCUACAGACAACAUGGCCUGCAAUGAGUCUUUGAAGGCAGCACGGGCGUUUCUCUGUUCGGAAACAGAACAGGAGAUAUCACACUAUAUACACACUUAGUAUCACAAUGCAUCUUAUUUCAGGGAGCAUCUAUAAGCUCCUAUAGCCUGCAGCUGUUUGAUCAAAGACAAAGUAAACCAAACACUGCUGUCUCGCCUCUCUGUCCGUCUGUUGCAGGAAUGGGAAAGUGUCUCGUAAGCUACACGGAAGUGUGAUCACCGUGUGAUCGUCGAGCCUGAAUGACAGGAGGCUUGGUGCGUGUGUUGCCUCCGAUCACAGCUGAGCCCCUCAACAUGGCACCAAAGGACCCUCUACUCGGCACUCUCAAAGUGUGUGUCUUGAACCUGCAGUCAGAUGGAGAGAUGGUGACAGACACCAACCCUCACCUCGCCUCCUGCUGUGAGCUGCUGGAGCUGGUCCUCAGGAAGGGGCUCCAACAGCCAGUUAUCAGUCUGGUACACAGAGACUACUGGCAGUGUUUUGAACAGCUUACCCACCAAGAUGCCUGUGGCAGGCUGUCCGCUCUGUCCUUGGUGGUGGAGCAGACCAGAGCUUGCGGGAAGCUGCUCUCAGCUCAGGGCCGAGGCCGCUACCUGCUCAGACUGGCCCUCAGCCGCAAGGCUUUGCCGCAGUUCAUCACACACCUGCUGCACACACCCAGAGUCCUGGAGUGGUACAGCCCGGCAAUGUCAAUCCUCAGGAAUGAGGAAUUUGUGGAGCCUUUCAUGUCGCUGUUGCUGGUCCUCUCUCACAUGGAGUUUAAACUGGACAUGAAGAAUUGCAGUUUUCUAGAUGAGAGCUGGCUCCUUCCGGUGUGCGAGACAUAUGAAGUGGUGCCCUGUCGGGAGGUAGGGAUGGUGUUGAGGUAUCUCAGAGGACGCGUCUUCGUGCUCGACCUGAUGCCUGGUGGUCAGGCUCACGUCGACAAGUUUAUCUGUCCUGGGGACAUUAUUGAUGAGAUCAAUGGGACCUCACUGAGGAAUUCCAAGUGUGGACAGGCAGGGGUGGUUCUGUCUCGGCUGAAAGGCUGCCCCCUGUCCAUCGGCGUUCUGCGAUGGAGAGCUCAGGAUGGAACAGUGUACCGACCCCUUAUCAAACUCCUGCGGGCCCUGAGGGUGGAGAACCCCACCCUGCAGCUUGGUCCUGCUCCCUCCCAGCAGUCAACCUCCAAGGACCAGAGAAGCUCUCCAUCACAGUGUCUCAAAGAGGGAAGGAUUGUGUACAUAGUGCAGUUCUUGGGAAAAACAAACAUUGGAAUGUUUGGAGGCAAGGAGGUGCUGCAGCAGGCCAUCCCACAAGUGUUGCAGAAAAACCUGCCUAGCAAGGAGGUGCUCUUAGAUAUGAAGGAAACACAUUUGACAUGCACUGACAGAAGAAGUAAACUGGAGCUGUUCGAGCAUCACUAUCCAGAGAUUUCAUGUGUGGGGAGAUUUGGUCAACCAGACUACACAAUAUUCGCAUUCUGCGUAGCAGACUCCCCAGAAACCCCUCAGUCAACAGGCUUUUGCUGUGUCGCACUCAGAGCCAGCAACAUCAAGGAGUGUGAAGAGAUUGUCUGUCGUAUUGCUACUGGUUUCAAGCAUACUGAAUGGUUUGUAUGACAGUUCAUAAACUGGUCUCACUCCUUGUGUUUGUAAAUAAAUGUAAGCCACUGUCAAAUCACACUGCAUUAAUGUCUGAAUACAACAACGGUUUCUACUCAUAAAGACCUUUAAUAGAAAGACAUCCAUGUGACAACAUUUUCAUAAAUAGUAUUAAAUGUAGCUGCCAAGAUUUUAUGUUGAAAAACAUGUAAAAAGCAGUCCAGAAAAAUACAGGGGGGGGGGUCUGCCAUGCUCCUUGCCACUGAGCACAGACUAUCCUCUGUAGUAGCGAAUACUCUGCACUGCAGUGAAACCUGCAUGACAUGCUGGCAUUUUGUGGUAAAUGGAAGAUGGGUGACAAAACCCUGGACGCCACAGAAGAUAAUUCAUCCUCACUCCAAAGACAUCUCCAUCCUCAGAAGAAGGAGCCUGAUACCCACAAAGAACUUGAAGGGGUGGUAUGAUGGCUGUAACAUGUAGUCAUGACUUAUGGAAUAGGCAGAUACUCCUACUACACAACAUUUCCAACUAUCCUACAUGUACUCUGGUUUGUGGAAUGACUGAAUUGUCCCAGUCUAAAAAAUACAAAAUUCAAAAAAAAGAAAACUUAUAAAAAAUACCCAAGAAAUAAAAUGUCCACAAAAAUGGUUAAGUAUGAUAAAUAGGAUUAUUUGUCUUGACAAUGUUGCCACUAGUUGUUUAGGCCCUCUCCCCCCUUAUCCUACGAGCCAGCUGGAUGUCUUUGGGCAUAAUUGUGACACGCUUGGCGUGGAUGGCGCACAGGUUGGUGUCCUCAAACAGACCCACCAGGUAGGCCUCACUGGCUUCCUGUUGAAAGAAAACGAGCAUGAAGAGGUCCCAGAAACCACAAUUUAUCAUGCUCCAUCUUGUACAGUGACUACAUGACUUUUAAUUCCAUGCCAUAUUUACCUGGAGAGCUCCAAUAGCAGCACUCUGGAAGCGCAGAUCAGUCUUGAAAUCCUGGGCAAUUUCUCUCACCAAGCGCUGGAAGGGCAGCUUGCGGAUGAGCAGCUCUGUGGACUUCUGGUAACGACGGAUCUCCCUCAGAGCCACAGUUCCAGGUCUAGACAACAAAUCGUUUUAGUGCUAAAUAUUAAAAAGGGUUAAAAUUGUUUAAUGUUAAUAGUUUAUGAAACAACGCUACUACACACCUGUAACGAUGGGGCUUCUUCACUCCCCCCGUCGACGGGGCGCUCUUCCUAGCCGCCUUGGUAGCUAGCUGCUUCCUUGGCGCCUUUCCUCCAGUAGAUUUACGGGCAGUCUGCUUGGUACGGGCCAUGUCGUACUUGCUAAAUACAGUGAAGGAACCUAGAUUAUAAUCGUGACAGCUGAUGUCCAAAUCUAAUCGUAGCAAAACGUAGCCAAGUAACCGCACGGAUCCGUUGUUAUUUGUCAAGCUAAGAUGCUAACCUAGCCCACAAU